AUGCCAGCCGAGCGACGGCUCUACGACCGCUUGGGGGUGUCUCCGAAUGCUUCGCCGGAGGACAUCAAGCGUGCAUACAAGCGGCUUGCGCUGAAGCAUCACCCUGACCGGGGCGGCGAUGCCAAGGCCUUCCAGGACUUGAGCUCGGCUUACGAAGUUCUGAGCGAUCAGGACCGCCGAGCGCAAUACGACCGAUUGGGUGAUGAGGGCUACGAGCAGGCCCAGCAGAUUCAGCCAAGAGAACGCACCGGGGCAGACCAAGUGGUCUUCGACCUCUUCAGAAGCUUCUUUGCGGAAGCAGGAGGUUUCGCAAACUUGUUUGGUGCCCGCCAUUCUGCGCCCGUGAAGGCCAGCAUUUCUGUGACGCUGGAAGACGUGUUCAUGGGGUCGAUCAAGACGGUCAGCAUCAAGAGGACAUCUCCGUGCGAGUCCUGUGUAUCCGGAGAAACUCCCGGCCCUGCUUGUCGCGCAUGCGAGGGCUCCGGAGUUCGGGUCCGCCGCGCUGGCGGGCCAGGGUUUCUUCAGGUGCAGAUGGCCUGCAAAUACUGCCAGGGGCGAGGCUGGCUUUCCAGAGGCAGGUGCAGUCUCUGCCACGGCUCUGGGCAACGCGAGGAGCACGAGGUUCUUCAGAUGCAGGUUCAAGCUGGGAUGGAUGAUGGAUCCGUCGUUCCCUUCCUGAAGGAUGGAAGGCCCUGCAGAGAUUUGCUGGGAAUCAUCAAGGUGCAGCCGCACCCACGCUUCCUGCGUCACGGAGACGACCUCCACGUCGUUCUGCAGAUUUCUUUGGCUGAUGCCCUCACCGGCAGAGCUGCGAGGCUGCGACAUUUGGAUGGCCGUGAGCUGCGAGUUCACGGAACACCUGGCAAGGUGAUAAAGCCGGGAUCCGUCCAGCACAUCCGCGGAGAAGGCAUGCCCAAGAUGGGAUCUUCACAGCGGGGCGACUUGUGCGUGAAGUUUGAGGUCGCAUUCCCAGAUGCGCUGGAUGCUGACGGUGGUCCUGCAUUCUGGUUCGUGGCAUUGCCGCAUGUCGUGGCUGAAAGCAUCAAGGGUCUCUACUCCUCGGAGGUCUUCUUGCAGGCGCUGCCUUCCGCAGCCAGCGCAGAAGCCGAGCCGCGAGGCCUUCUUCUUUUCGUUCGGUGCAAGUUCGGUAGAAGCUGGUUCGUGACCAGGGAGGACAUCUUCGCAUUGACGGUGGAAGAUCUUCCAUUGCACUGGUCGAGGAUCAGUGCCGGCAAGGCCCGCAGACACAAGCAGAUUCAGGCCAUUACACGUCAGCUGGACAAGACUUUUUUUUUCAUGGGCUUCAACAAAGAGAAGAUGCUUCCGAACGAAAUGGAGGAAGCGAGGAGCUAUUUCCCACCCACAGUCAACGUGCGCCACCUCAACAACAACUGGCUCAGGAAAGCCAUGGAGGGAACCAAAUGGGAACCUAUGAGGGACAAGGUCAAGGGCUCCAACAUUUAUGUCUUCGUGGAGACCGACAAGGACCUCAAGCCUUCAAUUCAGGCCUACAUGAAAAUCGAGAAGCAGUUCAAUCGGACAGCCAAGCUCGAUGUGCUCAGGGAGGAGUGGGCGGAUGAUCUGACUUACGACCUUCAGCCGAUGAUCGGCGGAAUGAUGAGUGAAGAGUGGAACGUUAUGGAGCCAGCAGAUGUUGUGAAGCUCAAGGACUUCCCAACGAAGACAGAGCUCAUCGGACAGAUUGCCGGCUCUAUCAAGCAAGUCACCACCAAGCUCGCUGUCGGUGUCAAGCAGGUCCCAACCAAGCUGGCGAUCGGCCUCAAGAAGACGGUGGAGAAGGGCGAGGAAGCCGGCAAGAGUGUCGGAAAGCCCGCGUCCGGUGGAGCCAUGGCGGGAUUUUCACAGGGGACUCCAGGCAAACCAAGGUCGGCUGUCGAGUCCAUCAUGCUGUUGCUGGCUGCUGGCAUCGGUUCCGGCGUCAUGGUGCUCCCUCGAGCUAUGGCGGCUGUGGGGCCUGGGGCGAUGCUUGUGCUGUUCAUUGCUGGCUGGCUUAUCUCUUCGGUAACAACAUGGAUCCUCUUCUCAGCUGUCACCGAAGCCAGGAGACAGCCCGAGACGAUCAUGUCCAUUUCUUCCCGGCUCCUGAGCAAUUCAAUGUCGUCGCAUUCACUGGUCGGCCUCAUCUCGCCUCAGGCGCGCGGGCUGGACACACCGACGGCGACGGACCCUCACGACCCUCACGCUCUCCUGUCACCGACGGCGGCGAGUGUGCUCGAGCGGAAACGAAGUACCUCUGUCUACGAUUUCAAAGAUCGCAAGAGCAGCAAGCACACUGCUCGAGUUGUGGAACAAGCUCACUUGCCUGGCCCCUCUUAUGGAGACUUGCUAGCCAUGGUGUGGCCGCCUAGCUACAUGACCCUCUUGGAUGUUGUGUUGCUGGUGCACCAGCUGCUGGCUUUGACGGUCUACUUCCUGUUCAUCUCUGAGUUCAUAGCAAAGCUUCCGCUCGUUUCGGACUGUCCUUCGCCGCUGGUCAUCUUGAUCCUCGCGGUGCCAGCAUCGCUGCUGGCUCAACUAGAGUCCGUUGGAGGUCUUGCAAGGCUGGCAAGUAUCAGCCCGUUUGCUCUGCUCUUUAUGAUGUUUGGAGUGUUCUACAGAUUUCACUAUCCGGACUCGGGCAUGGCACCGUCAGACUUUUCAACAGCCGAGCCAGACCAUGAAGCAAUUCCAUCAGUGAUGUGCGUUGCAGUAUUCUCGUUCAUGUGGCACACCAACUGUGUCACUGUCGCACGUGAGCUACGUGAUCCAUCAGCAACACGCCGCCUCAUUGUGGUCCUUACGGCAACUACAGUGCUGCUUUUUGCUUACACCUCCUUGGCAUAUUUUGGCUACGAGACCUUCGGACAGGAACUGAGGAAGGUUCCCACAAUCAUGAUGCUGUACUCUCAGAACGACCCCAUCUUCAUGACGGUCCGCGUUUUACUUUCCUGUUCGCUCUUCGUAGCAAUUCCGCUCAACGUAUACCCAGUCCGCGAGUCUAUUCUAAACCAGGUGCGGUUUCACAGCAGUGGUGCCUUUUUUGAGGCAGCCAUACAAAAGCAAAACUACAUCAGCAUUUGUCUUGUUUUUGUUCCUGCUGUCCUGGCUAUUGUCAUUCCUAGCGUGACGGAGAUCAUAACAGUAAUUGGAGGCUCGCUGGUCACCUUCUUAAUGAUAGUCUUUCCUGUGUUCAUCAGCGAGCUCGUUCUGCCUGAGACGGUGGUGCUGCUCUUGAAGUUCUUAGCAUUGCUUGUGGUCCCGUCUCUCGUAGCGGCCUCCUUCAAGCUGAUUGGCAAGCCUUUCUAG